AUGGAGAAUCUCACCAAGUUAAGAGCGAAAAGAACAAAUGUGAAAGGACAACUCACGCAGUUUGUUAAGUUCGUGAGGGAUCAUGGAGAAGAGCGCAAAGAGCAGUCACCAGACAGGAUUAGACGAGCGGAAGAGCUAUACAGUACGUACAAUGAGGUUCAAUCGCAAAUUGCAGAAUUAAAAUUAGAAGCAAUAAUAGGAAAAAACCCACCGCCGUCCCAGAAAGAAAUGCAGGCGUUAGAUGCAAAGAUAACGCGAGAGAGACAGGCAGUUGAGGAUACUUAUUUUGAGUAUUUAGCCAUAGCGAAACAGUUGGUAGAAGCGGAACAAACAAAUGUUGUAGUUCAUCAACAGGAACAGCAGGUAAACAAUCUCAGUGUAAAAUUGCCUACGCUUCAACUUCCAAAAUUCAAUGGCAGCUACGACCAGUGGUUAAUGUAUAAAGAUACCUUCACGUCGGUUAUAGAUUCAAAUGUUAGAUUGACAAGCAUUCAAAAGUUUCAAUAUCUCCGUAGCUGCUUAACAGGAGAGGCUUUGCAGGUAAUACAUACCUUAGAGACUACAGUAGAGAAUUACGAAAUAGCAUGGCGACUGAUCAAAGAAAGAUAUGAAAACAAAAAGUUAAUUAUUAAUACACAUAUAAAAGAGCUUUUUGAAUUGCAAACCGUAAACAAGGGUAGUCAUGCCGCGUUGAGAACUUUCAUAGAUUCUAUCAGAACUCAUGUCAGGGCAUUAGAAGUACUGAAGCAGCCUAUAGCACAUUGGGAUACCAUUCUCAUUUAUUUGCUGAGUGACAAGCUGGAUUACACAACAAGAAAGGACUGGGAAUUAGAAAUAGGCAAGAGAGAUGCAGACAGCAUGCCAUCUCUAGAGGCGUUGUUAGAAUUUUUAACAACUAGAGCUCACACAUUGGAAUUAGUAGAGGGAUCGAAGAAUAAGCAAGAGCAUGCGAAGUAUACAGCACUCAAAAAAGUCGGCAAAAAAGUAAACGUGGCAGCUACAUUACCAUCGUGCGUAUUUUGCGAAGGUCAACAUCAUGUAUCGAAAUGUGAGAAGUUUCAGAAGUUGUCAGUUUCAGAAAAGAGGGAAGAAGUAAGAAAGCGACAGUUAUGUUUUAAUUGUUUGCGUAAAGGUCAUUAUAUUCAAGCGUGUAUAGCCUCUACUUGCAAGGUAUGUUCGAAAAAGCAUAACACGAUUUUGCAUAUGGAUCAAGGAGAGCAGAUAGAAAACAAGACCACAACAGGGAUGAACAGCAAAGACAAAUCCAACACAACAGGUUUAUCAAAGGAAUUAAGGGCUAAUACAGAAGCAUCGGGUAAAGAAGCAGCAGUGAUAGUGCAUACAACGCGACUUACCGAAUCUAUAGUUUUCAUAGCUAAAAUAUACGUCAUGGACUAUGAAGGAAAUUGGAGAGUCUGUCGAGCCAUGAUGGAUCCAGGCUCACAAAGUAAUAUCAUCACCAAGGACUUAGCAAGAAAAUUGAAGUUAAAGGGAAACAGAGUUGAGGUGCCAAUUAGCGGUAUAAGUCAAACGCAAAUUACAGCGAAAGAAUCAACUAGCAUACGAAUCAAGUCGAUGCAUAAUGAGUUUUCGGCAGAAUUAGAUUGUUUAAUAAUGCCAUCCAUAACGGAAAGGUUACCACACAUCAAGGUUAAUACGCAUAACUGGGAUAUUCCAGAAGAAUUGAAUUUAGCAGAUCCAAGUUUUAAUUUACCAGGAACAAUAGACAUCCUUCUAGGAAGCAGCCACUUUUGGACAUUAAUGCGUGCUGGACAAAGAGAACUCAGCGAUGCCUUGCCUAGGCUGCAAGAGACGCAGCUAGGUUGGAUAGUAGGAGGUGAACUAAUAAAUCCAAGAGCAUUGAGCAACAAACGAGUUUGUAAUAUAGCAGCUAUAAAUCUAAACGAGCAGUUAAUAAAAUUCUGGAGCAUUGAGGAAUCCCCGAUUCAGCAACGGGAGAAUUUAUAUACGCCACAGGAGCAAUUAGCAGAAGAUCUGUUCUUGCAUACUGUGCGAAGAGAUCAGGAUGGCAGAUACAUAGUGCGUAUGCCAAGAGAAGAGUCCAUCAAGCUAGGCAAUUCGGAAAGCAUAGCAAUCAAAAGAUUCUUAGCGAUAGAAAGAAAGCUAAAUCAGCAACCGAAGUUGAAAGCAGACUAUCAUAAAUUUGUAAAGGAGUAUGAAGAAUUAGGACAUAUGUCCAUAGUCCAACCACCAUAUUCCAUGCCAGAAAAGGAGUACUAUUACCUCCCGCAUCAACCAGUGAUCAAGAUAACAAGCUUAACAACAAAACUACGUGUAGUUUUCGAUGGAUCUUCUAAGUCAUCAACCGGCACAUCUUUAAAUCAGAAAUUGUUAAGCGGAGCCAACCUUCAGAGAGAUUUAUGGGAAAUUAUGAUUAGAUUCAGAGCACACCAGUAUGUGAUGACGGCAGAUAUUAAAAUGAUGUUCAGGUAA